UUGUGAGAAGGAAGGGGGAGAAAAGGGGCAUUUUUGAAAACAGUUGUCAGAAAGCGCGUUCACUACGAGGCCGCGAGCUCUUAGCGCUAAACACGCAGCGCAGCAGACUCUCAGGAUGCUGUCUAACGAUCCCUACGUCGGACACACACUGGCACGCGGUUUGAUCCUCCUCUCGUGCUUUCAUAUCAACCUUGCCACCGGCAUUUUAGGAAAAGGCUCACAGAGCCAAGAUGAUAUGCACGACAUCAAUAACAGUCAACUGGACUUGCGGGAGAUAGUGUUUAUCAUCCAGAGCCAGAGCAACUCCUUCCAUGUGAGACAGGCAGAAAGAAAGAGGGCAGAUUUACUCAAACAGGCGCAAGUUCCCACCGAGAAACCACCUGUGAUAUUGCUUCUUCAUGGGCUAUCAGAUAACGAAGGGGACUGGAGCAUUCUUCCCCUGCUGCCUUACUUAUCUAACUCCUUUGGGAAAAACUCGUCCUGGAUUGUAUUUCUUGAGGAGGAAACCAAUGUAAAGCUGUCCAAACUUGUUGAGGUUUUCGCAAAGUUUGACAAGAGAAAAGAGUGGUUUCUUGGUAAGCCUCUCCACGAUGAGGAGUCCACCAUCAUCCAUCACUAUGCCUUUGCAGAGAAUCCCUCCGUCUUUAAGUACCCAGACUUCACUGCUGCUUGGGCCUUAAGCAUCCCUCUGGUGGAACGGCUUGCGAACAGAGUGAGAGAUGAGCCACUGAAAUCAGACUUUACCAUUGACCUGAAGCAUGAGGUUGCAUUGUAUAUCUGGGAGAAUGGGAAAGGUCCACAUCUGACUGCUGUUCCUGAGUUGUGCACUGAGCCUGAGGAUUUCCCCCAUGCCCAGCACUGUGUGACCACACGCGGCGUGCCGCCCUUUUGUGGUCAACCAGUAAAUAAUGAAGACGUGUUUGUUGCUGUAAAAACGUGCAAGAAGUUUCACAGUGAGAGAGUUCCUGUUGUAAAGAAGACUUGGGAGAACCAUGCCCUGUUUUUAGAAUACUACAGCGACUACGCCGAUCCUUCAAUACCAACCAUCAAUUUAGGCGUGCCAAAUACUGAAAGAGGCCACUGUGGGAAGACCUUUGCAAUCCUGAAGAGGUUUGUAAGCGAUGCUGUUCCAAAGACAAACUGGCUCCUCAUUGUGGAUGACGACACAUUAAUCAGCCUCCCCAGAUUACAAGUCUUGCUGAGCUGUUAUGACCCCUCUGAGCCAGUGUGUCUGGGGGAGAGAUACGGCUAUGGCCUGAGCCAGGGGGGCUACAGUUAUAUCACAGGCGGUGGCGGCAUGGUGUUCAGCAGAGAGGCGGUGGUUCAACUCCUGAAGAGCGGCUGUAAGUGCUACAGCAACGACGCGCCGGACGACAUGGUGUUGGGGAUGUGCCUCAACGCUUUAGGACUCCGUGUCACACACAGCCCCCUCUUUCACCAGGCACGACCAGAUGACUAUGCCCGAGACCUCUUAGCUCACCAGGUGCCCAUCUCUUUUCAUAAACACUGGAACAUUGACCCCGUCGCUGUCUUUAACAAAUGGUUGAAGGAUGACCUGAAGACGAGCGCUUCAGAUGGACUUAAUAAAAGUGGCAAGACAGAACUUUAAUCAUUUAAGCACAAAAUGUCCUGUUUUUAUGUUUGUGUAUGUGAGUGUGUGUCCAUGUGUGGGUGCGUGCAUGUGUGUUGGGUUGUUUUUUUUUAAGUUUUUAUUUUGGCAUCAGUAGCAGCUAGUGUUCUUCAUUGGUGUAAAUGUUUUUGUAUUGUGAAUCCUUGAGAAUUAUUGAGGGACCAUGCAAGCCUGUGUGCAUUUUUAUGACUUAUUUUUGUACUUUCAUGACUGUGAGGUUGUUUCAUUGAGUUGCACAUUGAGGGAAAUAUAAAUAUAAUGUCUAUAAUUAUAUCAGGGAUGAUCUUAUCCCUGCUGUGUUGAAAGUAGGAGCUACUUUGUCUGAGGGAUCUGCCUUUCAACUAUACUGCUUAUGAUGUACUAUAAUGUGUUCUAUUUUGACAUAAAACUAUCAGUA